AUGGCCGGGUCCGAGCACAACGCACCGGCACCGGCUGCUGGAGCGCCCGGUGGACGGGAGCCAGGCUCGAGUGGUCACCAGGCACAGGGGCCACUCUUGACCAACAGCUACGCGUUGGAACCUCUUGAGACACGCAUCGAGAUCGUCACGCCUCUCGUCAAACACUGGAAUCAGGUUGUUCAGCACAAAGUGUUGCUACAGCAGCAACAACUGCGCCUGCUCUGGGUCCGCUGCCACCUCCUCCUACCUCCGGCCACGCUACCCACGUACACGGGUUACGACGACCCGAAAUCGGUGGCUGACUUCCUAGAGGAAAUGGACAGGUAUGUCAGAGCGACCGGUGCCUCGGAAGCGCACGUGAUGGCUCGAAUCCUGCCGUUGGCUUUACGGGAUCCCGCAGGACGGUGGUGGAGGCUACAAACGCCUUUCACCACUUGGGCAGAAUUUGAACAGCGCUUCCGAGAGGAAUUUCUGCCCCCUGGGUACGAGCUGCGAGUCCAGCGUGAGCUCGAACUAAGAACCCAGCAUCCGGACGAAAGUUUGCUCGAGUACGUCCGGACGAUGCAGGAAUUGCAUCGCCGAGCAGCACCGACUGCCUCGGAAAGGGACCAAGUAGCUCGGGUCAUGCGACAGAGUCAUCCCAGAUUCAGGCCAUUUCUUUAUGGGCGCACAUUCGAAACCCUUGAGCACCUCGCACGGGAGGCCCGCGGUGUACAAGACGCCCUUUUAGCUGAGAGCACUUACGUGCCACCGCCAGCGCCGCAAUCUGCUCUUGAGCCGUCACUGGCUUGGCGCGCCCCCGUAGCCAGUCCCUCAUGCGACCUGACGAGCCCAGGCGCAUUCACGGCUAUCUCCUCCCGCGCCCUGGACCCCUUCGCACAUGAGCAAGGGCUGCGCGGGGCCCCUUUGAAUACCGUAUCAGGGGUAAGCUGUCCCUGGGAGCAAGUGUCCGCGGAGCAGCGUCAUAGUGCAGAGCGCUCGCUCCUUACUCGAGCCAUACAAGAGCGUAGUCGGUCGGACCCCCAGUCCCGAUACGCCGGGUUCACAAGUCCUGCGCGAGCCGACUGCGACAGGCGCUCCUGUUAUGGGUACUCCGGGAGCCACUCCGCCGAAAGGCGUGAUUUGAGGGAUAGGUUAACUGGCCAACGCAGACAUACGCAUGUCGUAUGCUACCAGUGCGGUCAAACUGGUCAUGUGAGGCGGCAAUGCUUUGCGCGCCGUAGCGCGAAUGCAGAUCUGAAACCAUUUUAUGCACGGCAAGACUCAGCAGCUGAUGAUCCAGAUAUGCCUCACCAGGGCUUGGCCACCCAGUCACCCACACCACCAAGCAAGUGGUACAACCUGCGUCCCCGGUGA